AUCUCUGUUAACUAACUUUAUGUUAACUCAUUCUGAUAGUGUUUGAUUAGAUGACUUUAUUUGUGGUUGUUUUCGUUGUAAAUUUUAAAAUUAAUUAGCAAAGUGUAAUUUAUUAAAUUUGUUAUUAAAGUUUAAAGUAUUUACAGUUUUUUGGGCCACAAAAUGUUUCUUGUAAUAAUUGGAGUACUAAUAGCUCUAUAUUUACUUCAUUUAUAUUUUAUGAAAGGACAAGACUAUUGGAAAAAACGUGGAGUUCCCACAUAUCAAAGGAGUCAUCCUUACAAGGAAUUUAUUCGUUUAAUAUUACAAAAGACUUCAAUUUAUGAAGAUUUCCUUUCAUUGUACAACGGUUUUCCUGAUAAAAAAGUUUAUGGUGUUAAUGCUUUCAAUGUUCCACAAUUAGUUGUAAAAGAUCCUGAAAUUUUGAAAAAUAUUUGCGUUAAGGAUUUCGAUCAUUUCGUUAAUCAUAUCGAUGUGUUUUUUAAAGCAGAUCCAUUAUUUGGAAGAAGUUUGUUCGCAAUAAAAGACAAAAAAUGGCGAGACAUGAGAAAUAUAUUAACUCCAGUAUUUACUGGGAGCAAGCUACGUGGUUUAGUUCAAUUAAUAUCAAAUUGUGGUGAACAAACUGUGAAGUAUUUAACUGAAAAAUGUAAAGAACAGGAUAAUAAAUUAUUAAAAGUGGAUCUCUUGGAUAUGACGACACGAUUUACAAACGAUGUUAUAGCAACGGCUGCGUUUGGUAUUGAAGUUAAUUCUAUUCAGAAUCCAAAUAAUGAGUUCUUUGAGGCUGGACGAGAAAUAAUCAAAUUUCCUGCAUGGCGUGUUCUUAUCAUGUUUUUUUUACCAACGAUUGCUAAAAUUUUCGAAAUACGUUUGGCACCAAAAUACGUCUACAAUUUUCUGUAUAAUAUUAUUAAUGAAACUAUCCGUGUUCGAGAAGAAAAGCAUAUUGUUCGCCCAGAUAUGGUACAUUUAUUAGUUGAGGGUCGGAAGGAACAAAAACGGAUGGUUGAAGAGAAAAGCGCAAAAAAUGAAGAUGUGUCGAGCUUAACCAACAGUGUGUUAACAAAUGACGAUAUUGUUGCCCAAGGUUUUAUAUUCUUUUUGGCUGGCUACGGUAAUGUGGCUAUAAUUAUGUCAUUUGCGGCUUAUGAAUUAGCUGUGCAGCCUGAAUUACAAAAACGCCUUCAAGAUGAAAUUGCUCACACAUUAAAAGAAAAUAAUGGAAAAUUGGAUUAUGAUGUUAUAAAAAAAAUGAAAUAUUUAGAUAUGGUGAUUGCAGAAACUUUACGAAAAUGGACUCCAGUAACAUUUAUUGAUCGAGAGUGUACUAAAGCAUAUCAAAUUAAAUCAGAUGAUCUAACUGUUGAUGUUGAACCCGGUAUGGCUAUAACUAUUCCCACUGUAGGAUUUCAUUAUGAUCCCAAAUAUUUUCCGAACCCUAAUAAAUUUGAUCCAGAACGUUUUAGCGACGAGAAUAAAGAAAAAAUGAAUCCAUACGUAUACAUGCCUUUUGGGUUAGGGCCACGUGUUUGUAUAGCUGUACGCUUCGUAUUACUGGAAACAAAAAUAUUUCUAAUUAAUUUAUUAACCCAAUUUGAUGUUGUGGUCACAGAAAAAACUCCAAUUCCAAUGGUUUUAAAAGCUGGUAAUACGGUUCGACCGAAAGAUGGUUUUAAUUUAGCAUUAAAAUUAAGAAUUUAUUUGAAUAAGAAGGAGUAUUUGUAUUUUUGGAUCCACAAAAUGAUUCUUGAAAUAAUUGGAGUACUAAUAGUCAUAUAUCUACUUCAUUUAUAUUUCAUGAAGGGAUAUGACUAUUGGGAAAAACGUGGAAUUCCAUCAUAUAGGAGAUUUCAUCCAUAUAUUGAAUUUUUGAACAUGCUAUUCCAAAGGACUACAAUGUAUGACGAUAUUAUUGGUGUUUAUAACGGUUUACCCGAUAAAAAAGUCCAUGGAAUAAAUAUUUUGAAAAUUCCACAAGUAUUUGUCAAAGAUCCGGAUAUAUUGAGAAAUAUUUGCGUUAAGGAUUUCGAUCAUUUUGUUAAUCAUGUUGAUAUAUUUUUACAAGCGGAUCCUUUAUUUGGAAAAAGUUUGUUUGUAUUAAAAGAUAAAAAAUGGCGUGAUAUGCGAAAUAUAUUAACUCCCGUAUUUACUGGCAGCAAAUUACGUGGUCUAGUUCAAUUAAUAUCGAAUUGUGGUGAAAAAACUGUAAAUCAUUUGGUAGAAGAACUUAAAGAACAAAAUACUAAAUUAUUAAAAAUUGAUAUAAUGGAUACAGCUACACGUUUUACGAAUGAUGUCAUCGCAACAUCCGCAUUUGGUAUUGAAGUAAACUCUAUUAAAGAUCCAAAAAAUGAUUUCUUUAUGGCAGGCCGUGAAAUUAUUCGAUUUCCUAUGUGGCGAUUUUUUAUGAUGUUCUUCUUACCGGCAGUUAGUAAGAUUUUGGAUAUACGUUUGGCGCCCAGAUAUGUGUAUGAUUUCCUGUUUAAUAUCAUUAACGAGACUAUUCGUGUCCGCGAAGAGAAAAAUAUUAUUAGGCCUGACAUGGUUCAUUUAUUAAUUGAGGCUCGUAAAGAACAGAAGAAAGUUAUUCAGCAGAAACAGGCGCAAAAUGAAGAUGUGUCCGUAUUAACGAAAAAUUUGUUAACAAAUGAAGAUAUUGUUGCCCAAGGUUUUAUAUUCUUUUUUGCUGGUUAUGGUAAUGUAGCCGUAAUACUCUCAUUUGCUGCUUACGAAUUAGCUGUCCAUCCAGAAAUACAAAAACGACUUCAAGAUGAAAUUUCGCAUGUAUUAAAUGAAAAUAAUGGGCAAUUAGAUUACGAUGCAAUUAAAAAAAUGAAAUAUUUAGACAUGGUUCUUUCAGAAACAUUACGAAAAUGGCCUCCGUUACCAAUUAUUGAUCGAGAAUGUACUAAAGCAUAUCAAAUUAAAUCAGAUGAUCUAACGAUUGACCUUGCCCCAGGUAUGGGUGUUCAAAUUCCCAUUGCAGGAUUUCAUUAUGAUCCCAAAUAUUAUCCAAAUCCGGAGAAAUUCGAUCCAGAACGAUUUAGUGACGAAAACAAAGCAAAUAUGAAUCCAUAUGUGUAUAUGCCUUUUGGACUUGGACCACGUGUGUGCGUUGCGGUACGUUUCGUAAUGAUAGAAACAAAAAUACUUCUAAUUCAUUUAUUGAGACAAUUUGAUAUUGUGGUCACAGAAAAAACUCCAAUUCCAAUGGUUCUAAAAUCUGGUAAUGUUAUUCGACCGAAAGGUGAUUUUAAUCUUGCUUUAGUAUCAAGAAAUGAAUAAUUUUAAG